CUGGUAAUGAACUAAUCAUGUGAUUCAGGUGUGCUGACCCAGGGUGAGAUCUAAAACCUGCAGGACACCGGCCCUCGUGGACUGGGAUUGGGGACCCCUGCUUUAGUUUGCAUAGGUUUGGGAGAUGAGAGUGUGUCUUUAAUGAGAGGGACUCAUUUUCCCCAAGCACUAAACUUUCUGCCAUCUGCUUAAAACAACUUUUUAGAAGUCCUCGCCACUCAUAGCAGUGCUUUGCCUCAGAAGCUCUAUGUUAAGACGCCGUGUGGGCACAGUUUAUGAAAUUCUAAUCAUUUUCAGUUUUAUACAAACUGCAGUAAAUAGAAAAGCCCAUAUUAGGUGUGAGCAACGGUUUAAAAAAACAAGAGCCAUUUGUACCUAGUUGUUGUUCUUUUCAUUGUUUUUUUGUUUGUUUUUUUUACAUUAAUCUUCCUCCAGGAGAAUGAGAAGCUGUAUUUACAGAUGAAGGCUCAGCAGGCCAAGAGUAAAGCUAAUGAGGAGGCCAUGUUUAAAGAAAACCAGCGGCUGCUGAAUGAGCUGGCUGCCACCAGGGAGCAGCUGCAUAAAACUUCGAGGCCAGUGGGAAGUAUAUGCUUAACGGAUCAUACUCCACGCAUUGCAGACUUGUUAGCGCAAAUAAACUCACUUCAGAGAAAUGAGGCCAAGAUGUCUGCGGACGUCCACAAGCUUAAGCAGGAAAAGCAGGCUCUGGAGGUGGACUUGCAGCUCAUUAACAAAGAGAGAGACCUGGCUGAAGCCCGAGCCACCUCCACAUCGGGAAAUCAGACCUUUGAGAUGCGUGUAUUAGAGGACAGGCACCAGGAGGAAGUGACAGCCCUUAAGAAAAAACUGCAGUGGUUUGCUGAGAAGCAGGAGAUGCUGGACAGAGAUGCUGGCAGGCUGAAGGCUGCUACAGCUGAGAUACACCAGCUCAGAGAACAGGUGAUGCUCCGCUCUCACACGAUGGUUACAGACUGAUUUGUUUUGUACUCUCAAUCUGCAUGAAUCCUCUGUCUGUGCUAACUACUUUUUAUUUUAAAUGAUACUUGCAAAGAAAAGCGUCUGGACUUUGAGUUGCUUGAAGACGUUUCACCUCUCAUCCGAGA